AUGGUUGAAAUUCUCCUUGCAAACGGUGCGGAUGUAAAUUCGAAUGAUUAUGAAUUUAAAAAGACACCCAUUCUUAUUGCUGUAGAGAAUAAUUCUAACAAAGUGAUUGAUAUUCUUUAUUCACAUGGUGCUGAUAUCAAUGUAUAUGAUGAUGAAGGAAGAGGUGUUCUUUAUUAUGCAGCAAGAACUAAUAAUGUUGAGAAAGCAGAAUUCUUCAUAUCACAUGGCCUAGAUCUAAAUAAAGAUCCUUCAAAAGUGACCAAAGCUCUUAUUGUUGCAGUGAGAAACAAUCGCAGAGAAAUGGUGGAAUUUCUUAUUUCACACGGUGCAAAUGUAAAUCCUGCAGAUGGAGAGAAUGAAGGACCUCUUCAUUAUGCAAUAGAGGAUGACAACGCCAGCAUCGCAGAACUUCUUAUUUCCCAUGGAGCUGAUUUAAAUGCAAUUUUUUGUUGCAGCAGAACAUAUCUUCAAUAUGCAGUGUGCAAAAAAGCCUAUGAAGUUACAAAACUUCUUAUUUCACACGGUUCUGACAUUCAUAAAAUCAAUUAUUAUGGUCAAACCCUUCUUCACACUGCUGCAAGAAAUGGUGACGAAAAAAUGGCUGAAUAUCUUAUUUCUCUUGGAUUAGAUGUCAAUGCAAAAGAUCAAGAUGGACAAACUGCUCUUCAUGCAUCAGCAUAUAAAAAUUCAGUGAUGUGCCACAAUUACUUAUAUCACAUGGCAUUGAUAUUGAAGCGAAGGAUAAUUCAGGCAAAACAGCACUAUAUAUUGCAAAAGAACAUAUCUUAA